AUGGAUCGGUUUAACAAGGCAACCCUUGAAAUAAGGAAUCUCAAUCCAGCAAUUGCACUUCACUAUCUUACCAUGGCUUUGAAGCCAGGGCCUUUUGUUAACAGCAUUUGCAAAAAAAAAAACCCCGUUGACAUGGAUGAUUUACGGAGAAGGCCAGACAAAUAUAUGCAGAUGGAAGAACUGACUGAUUUUCGCAACCAAGCCCGAGCCGAACCAGAAAGCAAAGCUGAAAAGGUGGUGGAACAACCAUUCAGGGGUCGGAAUAAGGAGUUAACCCUUCGAGAACGACCCGCACACGGUCCAAAAUAUUCUUAUUACACUCCCCUCAAUGCAAGCCGAGCCGCCGUGCUUGAACAGGCUCUAGCAUCCGAAGUGUUGGCAGUCCCCAAAAGAGUGUCAACUCCCCCCCGAGCUGAUACAAACAAAUCUUGUAGGUAUCACCGCAAUCGUGGACAUUCCACGGAGGAGUGCCCAGCCCUCAAGGAUCGGAUUGAAGAUCUGAUCAAACAAGGACAACUCCAAAAUUUUGUCGAUCGGCCAAAAUCGUCUCAGCAUCGGCCUGCAUACCAGUCUCAACACAGGGACCGACACGAGCACUCAGAUAGACAUAACCGCGAGCACAGCCGAUCAAGAUAUAGGAAGAAAGAACCCCAAACGUCUAAUAGGCGUGUCAUCAACACAAUUGCUGGAGGUUUUGCCGGGGGAGGAUCAACUUUGUUGGCUCAAAAGAGGCAUCUGCGAGUCAUCAGAUCGGUCAAUGUGUUGAAAAAUGAUCGACUUGGCGGUUGCCUACCAUCACAUUCACUAAUGAAGACUUUCAAGGCAUUGACCCGGUCUAAGAUGACCCUAUGGUCAUCAGUGUGA